AUGUCCGACGCCGACCGCCCAGCCCGGCGCUACAAAUCCCCGUCCCAACUCGCCCGCGAAUCCUCCUCCCCAUCUCCCUACCAACAACCCCCAUCCUCAACCUCCUCCCCCGGCGCAACAACAAGAACCACCCCCCCAACCACCUUAACCCAAACCCCCCAACGAAACACCCCCUACCUCCCAACCCCCACCGAGCUCUCCCUCCUCCUAAUCUACCCCUCCAUCCUCCUCUUCGGCACCCUCUUCUCGCUCCUCUCCCCCGAAACCCGCGCGUCCCCCUACGACCCCAUCCGGCAAGCCCACACCCAAGAUGCCGCGCUCGUACCCUCCUAUUUCGCUCGCAAAGAUAAUUUGUUGAAUGUGGUGUUUGUGAAGAGGGGGUGGGCGUGGGUGUCGGUGGUGGUUUUUGUUUUUUGGGGGACGCAUCCGCGGUUGGGGUCGAACACGAACACGAGCGGGAGGGAAGGCAGGGGGAAGGGGUUGGUGAGGGGGUUGAUGAGGUAUGGGUUGGUGACGGCGUGGUGGGUAUUUGUGACGCAGUGGUUUUUUGGGCCGGCGAUUAUUGAUCGGGGGUUUCGGUGGAGUGGGGGGAGGUGUGAGGUUGUGGAGGAGGCUGUGAGGGUUUCUGGGGAUGCUGUGAGUGCGAAGGAGGUGUUUACGGCCGCGGCGUGUAAGGCGUCAGGGGGGAAUUGGAGUGGCGGGCAUGAUAUUAGUGGGCAUGUGUUUUUGUUGGUGUUGGGGAGUUUCUUUUUGGUGCAGGAGGUUGGGUGGGUUGUCGGGAAGUGGGCGCGGGCGGUCAGGGAGGAGAGGUGUGUUGUGAUGGGGGAUGGGGCGGUUAAGGGGGCUGCUGUUACUGCGGAGCGGAAGGGGAAGCAGGAGGAGGAGGGGGUUGUGGUGUCGGUGGUUGAGGCGUUGGGGCUGGGGGGGAAGUUGGCGGCCGUGGUGGUGGCUUUGUGUGGGUGGAUGCUGCUCAUGACAGCCAUCUACUUUCACACUUGGUUCGAGAAGUUUACGGGCCUGUUGACUGCAUUUAUCGGUCUUUACGCGAUCUACAUUGUCCCACGAUGGGUUCCUGCUCUGCGCGGGAUUGUUGGGCUCCCGGGGAUAUAA